UCUGCGGUAAACAGAAGUUUUUCCUGAGGCGGUUUGACAUUGACAGCCUUUAUUUGAACAGCGUUAAAUAUGGUGUCACUGUCCUUGAACUCGUUAAAACAAAUAAUGAGAGCGAUGGUAGAUAAUCCAGGCUUCGACCGAGUCCUGAGCAAGGUGGACGUCUUGUCUGCCAGUCCAGGUAAGGUGGUGUGUGAGAUGCGGGUGGAAGAGGAGCACACCAACCGGGGAGGGACGCUACACGGCGGGUUGACAGCCACCCUGGUCGAUGUCAUAUCCACCAUGGCUAUCAUGAACACUGAGAGGGGAGCGCCCGGAGUCAGUGUGGACAUGAACAUAACAUACAUGAAUGCUGCCAAGAUGGGAGAGGACGUUCUCAUCACUGCUCACGUUCUGAAGCAAGGACGGACGCUUGCGUUUGCCUCUGUUGACCUCACCAACAAGGCCACGGGGAAGCUUAUAGCACAAGGGAGACACACUAAACACCUUGGUAGCAGCUAGACCGUCUCCCCUUUGUGUCACUCAGGAAAUCACAGAUAAUGUGAACUGUCAAAACAGAAACUUAGGGAAAUUGUUCUCAAAACCACUGACUGUGUACCAAGAGGAAAUUGACAGUGGUGCAGUGCAACAAACCUUGUUGGCUGGUUACUAAAUGAAUGUUGCUGUCUCUGUUUCAUAUAUGUUCACAGUUUAAAGAUAAACUAAUAGCUGUAUGGUCAGAGUAA